CAUAAAUUUUCUCAGUAAUGCGGCACAUAUGAACAUGGGACCAACACAGACGUCUUUAGUACAGACAGUUUCAUAGCUGCAAAUCUGCUGGCAGAUUUAUUGGUAUUUCCACGCGGGUAAUUGGCAGGGGGUCUUUGCAUUGUGAAUUCUACCAGAAGGAGCCACCUCUGCUCAAUAUGGAGCCCUCCAUAGUCAGCUCUUUAUGUCAAUAGCGGGAAUUCUUCUAUUCUGCCUGAGUAUAUGACAGUCAUACAGUAUAGUAAAUAACACCCAAAUAUUAUCCCAGCGUGCCCCUGCCCGAUAGCCACUUAGUGACUGGCUCUGUAGGCAUGGUAACACGUUAUUUAGGCACAUUGGUGUGACACGCCCCCCAACUUCCAGCCAAUCAGAUGAAGGAAAAGCUGUGACAGCCGCCGCCAGUCCUCUCAGGGAGAAUACGGCACGUUGUGAAAGCGAGGCUUGAGCCGCACGGCAGAUUUCCGGAUGUGGCACAUGGAUUGCGAAGUAGACACGUCACCCCAUAACACGUUGACGUCAGAGGCUCCGGUGCCUGUCGUCAUGUGAUUCGUCGCUGUAGCAUCAUUCUAUUAGAUGGACGUAGAUGAGGCAUUUCACUCAGUCGGGGAGUUCGGCCGGUGCCAGAAGCGGCUGACAGGCUUCCUAGUCCUGCUGCAGGUUUACGUGGCUUGUCAGUCCAUGCUAAUCGUCAUUGUGGGAGCCAUACCUGAAUAUCAUAUUGAUGCAGAGGAUGCACCUGCCGACAGGGACGGUAUAAAGCAUGUUCACUUUACCGACAAUUUCACGUCCAUAGUAUCAGAGUGGCACUUAAUACAGCAUGAAGCAUACAAGGUCAAUCUGGCAUCUUCAUUAUUAUUUGCCGGCCUCCUUAUUGGGAAUAUUUUGUUUGGACCUUUGUCGGAUAAACUUGGGAGGAGACCAGUAUAUUUAACAGGACUAUUUUUUAAUGUCAUUUUUGGGUACCUAACAGCCCUGGCUCCAAGCUAUGAAAUGUUUGCAUUCUCACGAUUAUUUGUUGGAAUAAUGAAUGGCGGUAUGGCACUUGUGUCUUUUGUAUUAACACAAGAAUAUGUUGGAAAAUCCUAUUGGGCUUUGACAGGUUCUUUAACUAACCUAACAUUUGCUGUUGGCAUAGCGCUUUAUGCUUUGCUGGGCUAUUACAUCAGGAACUGGAGGAUACUUGCCUUUGUAGCCAACUCUCCAGGAGUUCUGUUUUUUCUGCUUUCAUUUUUGCUCCCUGAAUCCCCAAGAUGGCUGUACUCACACGGUUAUACAGCUGAGGCAGAGGCAGUAUUACACCGUAUAGCUCGUGGCAAUGGCAAGGAAAUUCCUUCACUGAAACUAAAAGUAUGCAGUUCAGCACCAGGAACGGUUGACUCCGCACACAGUGUCUUUGAUUUACUGAGAUAUGGAGUGCUGCUCUGGAGGACAGUCAUCCUGAUGUAUAUCUGGUAUGUCUGCAGUCUGGUUUACUAUGGCCUGACCUUAAACGCUGGGGAGCUGAAGGGCAAUCUCUAUUUCAAUGUGGCAAUGUAUGGUCUUGUAGAAGUCCCUGCUUUCCCGCUCUGCUUGUUCUUCAUUGAAAAGUCUUGGUCUGGAAGAGGAAAAUCCACUGCUGGUUUUCUAGUCUUUGCUGGACUGGCUUGUAUCUUCACAAUGUUUUUACCAGACAAUAACAGUUUGUAUUUGAGUCCAGCAGUCCUUGCCUUACUCGGAAAGUUGUCCGUCAGCGCUGCAUUCAAUGUGGUGUACAUUUACACUUCUGAGCUUUAUCCUACGGUAGUCAGGAAUGCCGGAUUGGGUGUAUGUGCCAUGGCGUGCAGAUUUGGUGGUAUUCUUGCUCCGUUCGUACCUUCUAUGAAAUCUCUUAAUCCAUCAAUGCCAUUCUUGGCAUUUGGAAUCAGCGGCAUAUCAGCGGGAAUCCUGAGUCUCUUACUGCCAGAAACACUUAAUAAGCCAAUUGCAGAGCGCAUUGAAGACUUACAGUCUCCUGCAUACCAAUUGUUAAACAAGGCAAAGCAAAAGGAAGAUGACAACUGACUUUAGACACAUUCCAUGACCCCAGUGGACCUCUUAUGGAUACGGACAUCAAGUCAUUGAGAUUUCUAUUGAGCAUCUGAUGUGGACAUCUAGUCAUUGAGAUAUCUUAUAAGCAUCUGACAUGGACAUCAAGUCAUUGGCAGUUCUGGCAUAAAAAAGCUUUCUAAGAAUAAGGGUCAUUAAGAUGUUUCAAGAAGGGUACCAUAUGCAAAGUUAGAAUGGUUUCCCUAGCAACUGUCCAUCAAAUUCAGUUUGGUUUCCUCACACCUUAUACUUGUGUUGUCAAACAUAGAGCCUUUUAACACAUAGCCUUAGUUGAAAAUCCAUUCAGUACGCCUGCUAUAAUUUAUAAUAGGCAGUGUUAUGUAGCUGAUGUUAAGAAUUUUGUACAAUCUGAGAAUCUGUAGGUCACCUACAAAAAUUUUGUUUUGUAUCGAACUAUUUAGUUUCUCUGUUUUGGUGCAGUGAGAGUGCACUGUCUUCUGGUUUAUGAUAACCAUGAAGUCUCAUACUUCAAAGAAAAUACUUUGCAAAGGAGAAAUAAUGGCGCCUCUCUGUUGUGAAUGAUGUAGCCAUGUUUAUGGACCAAAUGUACAUUUAGAAGUUUGUUUCAAAACUUGGACAUUUCUUUACUGUGUUUUUUGGUAAAAUAUGUUGAUGCUGUUUUGAAUGUAUUUGAUAAAUCAAGAUCUAAAGUUUUCUAUUUGUUCUUUGUGGUCUCAGGUUAUGAUCAUAUAACAAUUUUACAGCUUCUUUUAUAAAACACCAUAAAAUUU